AUGUCACCAUCCCCCCCGCCGGCAGACCAUCCGUCAAUCUCCACGCCCACCACUGCCGGAGGACGCAUCCUUCAGCCUCUACCGUCUGGUGGAAGCGCAGAAUCCUCGAGACCAAGCACGGCGAGUGUUGUUCGGACGGAGCCAUAUGGCGGCUACAGUGGCAUCGCUUCGGGGCGGAUUGUGACGGACGUGGGUUUGGGGAUAUCUUCUCGUCGACAUUCGGCAGAGUCCAGCGUCCAGACUCCCUCCAGGGCUUUUGGCGUGCACAGCAUUCUGAAUCCUCCAGUAGAGCCCGAAGACACUGCCUCUCCUGAUGUUCGACCCACCGCCCAACCCGCCAUGAACCUCAGCCAGAGUCUUCUACCGGCGCCGGCCGAGUCUCCACGCAGUCGAAAACGCACAGAUCCGAGAUCCCCUCCACGAGAAUUUGAGCCGGCCCCUGGACGCGCGGGCAGGCGUGUUCUCACCCCGAAGUCGCCGGGAUUACGGGCAGCAAGUCUGGGCGCGAGAAGGAAUCCAGCUUUUCAUUCCACGAUCCAGCCAUUACAACCCCCACCAGGCACCGGCAGCCGUCUUUACACAGCCGAGCCAGGUCAAUAUCAGACAUCGGAGAUUCCGCCUCUGCCUCCUUUGGCGCUCGCGACCGGUGCACACCUGAGCAGCAUACUGCCACCCGAACCAGGACAACCUCGCUCAGCACACGUCCAGGAAAGCCCUAUUUCCCGUGGAGUGGAGCCCGCAAUAACCUCCCAGGCUGAGCGGCCGACAGUGCAGCCUCCAUACAGCAGUACCGACCAUCCUUCGCCAAGGUAUCGUUACGGAAUCCCUAGGCCGCCGCCGCCUGCUCAGCCACCUGCUCCAUUCAGGGCGAUCUCAGCUGGGGGUGGAGGUCUGUACAUUCAUGAGACACCGGGACAUCAUGGACCGCACGAGGGCUACCAGCAAGGUCCUGCUUCAUAUCAGAUGACUCUUGACACUGAUCAGGGCCCGCUGAACAUCCCUGUGGAGUUGGACCUGCAACAAGCGUCCAAGGUUGCGGACGAAAAGAGAAAGCGCAACGCGGGGGCAUCAGCACGCUUUCGUGCACGCAGGAAGGAGAAGGAGAAGGAAGCCUCGCAGACAAUUGCUGGAUUGCAGCAGGAGCUGCGGGAUCUGAUCGAAGAACGCGACCACUAUUUGUCAGAGAGGAACUAUUUUCGUGACCUGGCCAUGAGGUACGUAUCGGGUGCGCAGUUGCUUCCACGACCAGAAUCGCCUCAGCAGCGGAGACUGGCAGCUGCAGCCUCCGGAGCCUCACACGCACCCGGUGGUCUCCUGGAAACUCCCACCGUGUCCGACGAGUCUUCGCGUGAACGCAACGACCCUGGUCCUUCGACUCAGCGCCGUCGAACUGGUGAUUACCAGCCGAGUUUUACAGGGCGGCAUACGCAUUCACCACCUGCGCCGGGCUACGGGACAGGGUUUCCAUCGCAGCCUCCUCCGCCGCUUCCCCCCCCUCCUGUACCGAGCAUGUUCGCAGCCUCCAGGACAUUGCCACCAGGGCCACCGCCGCCUCCUCCUGUCACCCGAUCACAAUCCUACGAUCCUUUUCGCCGAGAUCCGUUUGACAGGAGUUGGAAUUCUGGCAGGUGA